AUGUUACCGGGAACGGGAGGGGCGGCAGCUGCACAAAUAGACAUUCUCUUCCCGAGUCGAGAGAUUGCUACAAUUGUCGACAUCGACAUUUAUGUCGGUAUCCACUUCCUCGUGAUUCCUUGCGCGGGACUUAAAUGACUCCAACUUCGACGACCGCAGUUCCACGCAUCCGGCUCAAAGUGGGCCGAUGAUAGUCUUGUUGGUGCCGCUUCUACCAAGCAAAGCACACUAUGCCUGCAGGGUGUCCGCGCGGAUCCGAAAUAUUGCGCCUCGACGGACCGUUUUCCCUUUACAAUUACAGCACCCCGUCGACCGCUGAUUGGCGUUCUCGGCACUCGCAAUUUGCCAAACAUCAUCUUUACAGGGCACCGCCGCCUCGUCUUGCUGAGCGUCCUCAUUCCUCAAGGUGUUGAGUAUUGAUUGGUGUCCGCCAUCAGAAGCGAGGCUCGGAGGAUGCGUAGAGGAGUCCGCGAAGACUGCUCGUCGAGUGCCGCCUGCCGAUCCCGCGAGCAAGUUCGGCGUCAAUUCCGCCCACACUUGGCGAAGCCAUGCGCAGCCUCCUUGACCGCACCAAACGACUCGCCCUUGGCUGCGCGGCCUGAAAAGUGGCAGUGGCACUCACGAGUAUUCAGGCGUUAUGAAUGUUCGUCGCUUUCCUUGCGACCAGGUGGCCCCUCUCUGCUGAGCUCGUCGGCCCGCUAUAAGAGCGAGGUCAGCGAGGACUGCCACAGUGGCAUCCGAGAGGCCCCAUAGCGCCCUCAUUUCCGCCCACCAUCAUCGCGCUCGAAGCUGGCCUUCAUUUUGUCGCCACCCGAUCUCCCUCUCCCUCAAGACACCUUCAGUAAAUAUCCAAAGCUGGUCUUGGAUAUCCUCUCCUACUCGAGAUUCUCAUUUCCCUCCGAACCGUGCCGGCACUGGCUGCCUCGCACCUCAUACUACUCCAUUCUCUCUCAUCGCGCACCGUGCGCGCGCCUGUGACACAUAGGCUAUAAACAUGAAAGUCGUUGGCACUUCUUUGCUCGUCACGCUGUGGCUGCACUUGAUUUAUGCUGCACCCGUCCCCCUUCUCCAACAAAGUAUCGACGCGGUCGACCCCUUAGUGCAACGUCGUUCGUCCCCCAUUGAGGACGACGAUGCAGACCAUGCAUCCUCCAACGUAGCCCGCGACGCAGCUUCUGGCUACCCCUCCUCCUCCUCCUCCGCCCUGGUGCCUCGCGACGAUGAUGUCCUCCUGCAGAAGCGCCUCGGCGGUUUCGUGAGAGCAGCAUCUUUUGGAAGACAAGCUGCCACGCCUACUGGCGUCGCCACCACUCAAUUUAGCGACGAUGUAGCCAGACAGUCUCUCAACCGGUUCGGCAAGAGCGGCAAGGGCCUGUGAGUGCGGUGCCAAAGGCGUCUGUUGGUGGUGUCAGAAUUGUUGUCCCUAUGUGGCUGACCCAUACACCCUUCUCGGCCAAUCGCGAGCAGAAAACGAGCUGCCGCUGCAGCGCUGUUCGCCGCUGCAGCUACUGGUACUUACAUUGGUCUGACGAAUCGCGACAAGAGGAAAAAGCAAAAGAAGUUGCAGAAGCAAAGUCCGCAGUCUCAGCAGCAAGCCAAAUCGCUCUACGGGUCGGACGGCGGCAAGAAGAAACAGUCUUCGAGUAUGUUUGGCUUCCACCGUCGAAGUCUGUCCAGUGACGACUCUUCUUACGCUGACUCGGAUGAGCAGCUCGAGAAGCGCCUCACUAUGCCGCUCAUGCGCGGUGCGAUGACCAAGCUUAGCACCGCUGGCAGCAGGAUCGGCGGCGCGGGCACCAAAGUCUACAACAAGACCAAGAGCCCAACGGAAUGGAAGAGGACCGCAGCGUGAGUGUCGAGCCAAACAAUGACAGAAAGUGACGCUGAGCCGUAGCUCUCACCAUCCAUUUUAUCCAGUGCGACGACGUUGGCAGCUGGUGCCAUCGGCGGCGGUUUUUAUGCUACGUAUCAUUACGCCACCGAAGCUGACAAGAAGCAGCAUGCGAAAGAGAGAGCUGCUUACGAUGCUCAGAAAGCGGCAUACGACAAGCCAAAGGCGGAGUACGAGGAGCUCCAGAAAGCGACCGAGCAAAUGCAACGCGAUCUUCCCGAGGAGCACGUUGACUUGAUCCACCGUCGUUCAAUUGGCCAAGAUAUCUCCGACGAUGGCCACAGCGCCGCUCAUCUCGAGAAGCGUCUCGGCGGCAUCACGAGGGCUGUUUCUCGUUGGGGAACCAAGAGCAAACCUGCGUACCCCGAGCUGAAAGAGACAAGCCUCAGGGCCUCUCCUUCGGCUGGCAAGUGGCGUGCUGAAGGGUGGAAAGCCAAGGCUACGUAAGUCGCAGCACAGGUCCAAGUCUCACGCUUAAGAUCGCAAGCCUGGGCUCAUGACCGGCAUCUCUUGCUUUGACAUCUCCGCCAUUUCCAGUGGUGGCGUCCUCGGCGUGGGUAUACUUGGCGGCAUAGGAUAUGGCGUCUACAAACUGGAAGAUGCCCAGAAGAAGGCUUGGAAGAAGGAGGUGAAAGAACAGCAAAAGCUGCAUCCUGCUAGUCGUCGUCGGGACCUCUCCGUAGAAUCGGUCGACUUGAUCGGUAGGUCCAUGAGUCAGGACACGCCCGAUGCGGUCAACGUUGUCGACGCGUCCAGCGUUCGGCUUGAGAGACGUAUCGGGGGCGUUACCAGGGCCUCCGCUUUCGUGGAAAACGAGGGUCGGGCUGCAUCCACCUCCUUGAAAGAAGUCGGUCUGCAGGGCUCUCACCCUAGUACGGUACGGCCUAAAAAGUGGAAGAAAUAUGCGUGAGCUGCACCAGAAACUUAGCGGUUGCAAGGCUAUGUGUACCGUGCGGGUGACUGACAACCGACAAUGUCUUUUCUUCACCAAACUACCAGUGGUGCUGUUGCCGGCGUCGGUGUACUCGGAGGCUUUGGUUACGGUACCUACGCCCUGGACAAAGCUCAGCAAAAGGAGUGGGAGAAAGAGCAGAAAAAGCAAGAGCAGCAAAAGCUGCAUCCUGCUCCUUCUCGUCGCGACGUCCGUGACUACUCAGACGCCUUAGUCGAUGAUCGUGCCAACGGUGACAAGGUCGACUCGAGCGCUCAUCUUGAGAAGCGCAUCGGCGGUGUCACCAAGGCGAUGACUUAUUGGCAGAAAACCCGCACUGCGUCCAAUAUGUCAAGGCAGUCAAGCCUCAGCACAUCUUCAAGCUUUGGCAAACCUUCAAGUCUUAGCACGUCCUCGAGCCUCAGCAAAUCUUCAAGUCUUGGCAAAGGCUCUGCAUUUGACAAAGAGCGCACUGGGUGGAAGACCAAGGCUGCGUGAGUCUCGUUCCAAUGACAAGUCUGAUUUCCUAGUUCAAAGCUGAUGACAAUGUCCUCACUCGCCCAAUUUUUGCCUAGCGCCGUCACCCUAGGCGUUGGUCUGCACGGUGCCGCUGGCUACGGAAUCUACAAACUUGUUGAGAGCACCUCGACGGAACCGAAGAAGCAUCAACGUCGCGACGUGUCCCAAGAGUCGCUCGGCUUCGUCUCCGAUCGCUCCAUUACGGAACUUGAUCCUGUUGGCGUGGCUUCUGACCUCACCCUGGAGAAGCGUAGACUCCCGUCGCUAUUCAAAUUCAACUUUGGCAAGUCCACCAGCGUUGGAGGAAGUAGAUUGGCCGCAGGCGGUACCAGGAACGUUGCGACCUCGUCUAAAUGGCGCGACAAUGUGUGAGUGCCAUUUGCGCGCUAGAUUGGACGAGACGAGAUGCGGCUUGGCUGAUGGGCGCAUUGCUCCUGCUUCGCUUCUCCCUCCUACGCCCUGUAGUCGCUACGGUCUGGCGAUCGGCGGGGGCGUCUUGACAGGUGUUGGGCUCUGGCGCCUCAACAAAGCAGUGAACGAGACGAAGGAGAAAAAGAAGAAGAAGAAAGACAAGAAAAAGUUGAAGCUGCGCAGCCUGACACCGGGCGUGGGGGCUGAAGAGCUGAGCGCCCGCACAACCCAACAAGCUAUCGAUGCAGAGAAGGUCCAAAAGUGAGCUGGUUCUUACUAUGGUCCCCCACGCCAACUCCCAGUCACUCUUUCCUGUAACGCGCCUUUUGCCUAAAUAUAUUAACCGUUCACCCGUCUCCCUCUUUGAUGACCAUGUUCCUAGCACUCACCUUGUGAAACGCUGGAACGAGGUCGAUGCAGGACGCAUCUCGGCGCAGACAACUUUCAACGAGGCACAAGGCUGGAAAUCGAGUACGCAAACCAGGAACGCGGGCGUCGCCAGUAAUUUGUGCGUUUCGAGCUCGUUCCCGCGGGCGCUGAUUGUCUUCGCGUAACACCCUCUUCACUCUGCACAUUUCCUACCCUCGUCCAGACCAAGCACAGAUCCCCAUAGGUGAGUCAAGAGGUGCUUCCCAGACUAUUUGACGAAAUUGGCUGAAGCGUUCCAUUUCUCAGUGCAUCGCUCGAACGCCGCGCAGGUCAGGACAGCUCGUGGAACCAGAAUACCCGGCCCUUGAAGAAAGCGCGCACAGAAUCAUCGAAUGGCAAGGCAUCGGCUCUGAAUUUCAGCACCAUCCUAAAGGCGCCGGCUCGGACGACCCAUCCAAACACCAUCUCCCAGCGCCCUGCAUCGAUUUUGAAGUUGAGUGGACUCACUCAGACAAGUCAACUUCUUGACCCGAACGGAAAGCCGCUCAAAUCGAGCUUGCGAAGUCGGCGUGGCUUCACGACGCUGCAGGUCAACACCGACAAGCCGAAAACACCGGCACCUGACUCGUUGCGAAGGGAGGGCAGCAGUGUGACCUUCAAUCUGCCCGAAAGCCUGCCGAGUUCGCCCGACAUCCGAGAUAGCCGGCCCGAGAGCCCAGAUCCUUUCGCGGCGGCCAGAGACCGGCGAGACCGUCUGCGCGCGUUCCAUGCCAGCGAGUUCGAAAAGUAUCGCAAGCAUCCUGGAGUCGUGUACCAAUUCGAUGCAUUCGGCAAGCGGCAGGACAAAUGGCUGGGAGAGGGUGGAAAAUGGCCCGAGAAGAAGAUCCUGGGUAUCAAGAGACCAUGGGCCAUUGGGAUCGGCACCGUCGCAUCCAUUGCGGUCGGCGGCGCACUUAUAGGAGUGGGCGCUCACCAGUCGCGGCGCAGAUCUCCUUCCGAAGAGCUUCCUCCAUCCGAGCUGUCCCUGAUGCGAAGAACGAUCCACGGUAGUAUGCCGGCACAUUCUCACCCGCAUUGCUCGUAUAGAGCAGGCUCGUCUGUGGGUCUGUGUCCAAGUCCUGCAGAAGCUAGGCGUGAUGUCUUUGUAGUGCAAAGAAGAGGCCUCGUAUUCCGCUCCAUGAUUCCGCAAUUCGUACUGAGUGAGUAGUCUUGAUUGCUUGGCGCGGCAAUCUGUGCUCCUUGCUGACCAUUGCCCAAUCAUCCCCUUGCCCGGGUCAGGCAAGGACUCUAGAACCAGUCUCAUUAAGCGCGUACCUAGACCCGAAGAUGGUUUCGUGACGGCGCCAAGCUCUCCUAUGAAUAGCCCGCCUUCCAGCCCUAGAGGUGGUGUCAACGAGCACCUCGCCGAUUUCAGGGGUAUGCUGCAACAAGCAGCAAACCUAAAGUCGACUCAGCGCAAGCCUGCCAAGUUCACCAACAAGCCGGGACAGUCCAAGUGGGUGCAAAAGACGAUGCCAGCGUCGGAAUUCGUUUUUACUGCAGGAGGGUCUUCCAAACCAGCAGGUGCAGCUUCCAAAGCGGCGGCGUCGGCGGCGCAACCGAAGCCCGCCUUUGUCUUUACAAGCGCAGCGCUCCCAAAGACCGAGCCAGGCAAGAAGGCAGGCAAAGGUGCGCUUCGAACGAGAUUGCGCGAGUCCGAGACGGCCACUGAUGCGAGGGUGCGCUUCACGAUAUCGCGAGCAGCUGCAGCAAUGUCGCAGCCUCCACCAAGCUUGACUGGAUUGGACAAGGGAAAGGCGCCGAUGCAGACGGAAGCCAGCACUAGUGGCGUGAAAUCGCCAGAGAUCCGACCCGCAACUCCCUCGCCGCCAAGACCAUCCUUCAACUCGGCCAGGAGUCGCACGGCAUCCUUUAGAACCACGCCGCGCUCGCCAGACGAGUUCGAUCGAUGGAUGCGGGCCAACAAACCGUUCAUGACGAAGGAAGAGUACGACAAAGUCAGGCCAAGCAGAAAGUGGAAGGGCCGUGUUGGCAAAGCAGCGCUGUGAGUAGUGUGCAUUCAGAUGGCCAGAUGGUGCUCAUUUGAGUGUGUCGCUCGAGCGUCGUGCACUGACGUCGACUGGACUGGCCUCUCCCAGCGUAUCGGGCGUGGCUGGUAUCAUCGGCUACGGAAUCUGGGAUUUGGACCGCUUGAUCUCCUCUGAGAAUUGA